AUGUUUCCAAAUGUGGACUACCAAUACAAUGGAAUCCUCCAAUUAUUGCAUCAUUUCAGGUGGACAUGGAUUGGAGUAAUAUAUACACAUAAUGAGAAUGGUGAAAAGUUUAUACAUGAUAUUGUACCUAUGUUUUCCCAGAGAGGGAUUUGCUUUGCAUUUACUACAAAGUUCCCCAGAAUGACUUAUUUCAAUAGCUUUGAUGAAUUGAUAGGAGAAGCAGUUGAAACAUAUAAAGUGGUUAUGACCAGAACAGCUAAUGUGGUGAUAGUUCACGGUGAAAUGGACGAUAUGAUUCUUUUGAGAUUUUUUCCAUUUAUAUCCCAAUUAGAAGGAAUGCCACUAUGGAGAAAAAAUAGAGUGUGGGUUUUAACAGCCCAGAUGGAAUUCACCUCACUUCCUUUGUUGAGAACUGUAAAAAUAGACUUCCUGCAUGGUGCUUUAUCUUUUGCAAUACAGUCAGAGGAAGUCUUGGGAUUCCAGGAAUUUCUUCAGACGAAAAAUCCCACCUUUGCAAAAAAAGAUAGCUUUAUCAAUGUCUUUUGGGAAAAUGCAUUUGAAUGUUUGUUUCCUAACUCCAUGACAGCUGAGGAAGACAGCUGUCAUGGAGAAGAAAAACUUGCGGCUCUUCCUACAUCUAUAUUUGAAAUGCAUAUGACUAGCCAGAGUUACAAUGUCUACAAUGCAGUCUAUGUGGUGGCCCAUGCUCUGAGUGACUUCCUUUCAUCUAUACUGCAUUACAGAGCAGGAAAGCAUUGUUGGAGCAUUCACCGCUUCUGGAGGCAGCUCAACUACUUUAUGAGAAGGAUCUCAUUCAACAAUAGUGCAGGGGAAAAAAUUUCCUUCAACCAAAAUGGAGAGUUAUAUAUAAUAAAUUGGAUUACUUUUCCCAACCAAUCUUUCCAAAGAGUCAAAGUUGGAAGAAUAGACUCCAUGAAUCCCCAAAAAGAAAUGUUCUCCUCUUCGGGGAAAUCUAUUAUGUGGCCAAGCAUAUUUAACCAGGCCCAGCCACUUUCUCAGUGUAAUAACAAAUGUCCUUGGGGCUAUAGUAAGAACAAGUUGGAAGGGAAGCCAUUUUGCUGUUAUGAUUGCCUUCAAUGUCCAGAGGGGAAGAUUGCAAACCAGCAAGACAUGGAUGACUGUUUUCAAUGUCCAGAUGAUGAGUACCCUAAUAAGAAACAGGAUUUGUGUCUCCCCAAACUUAUAACAUUUUUGAAGUAUGAAGAAUCUUUAGGGAUGAUUUUGGCCAGUUCUGCUCUUUUCUUUUCUUUGGUCACAGUUGGAGUCUUUUGGAUCUUUAUUAAACAUGAAGACACUGCCAUUGUCAAAGCCAACAAUCGAAACAUCACAUAUGUUCUCCUUGUUUCUCUUCUGUUAUCUUUUCUUUGUACUUUGUUAUUCCUUGGAAAACCAAACAAGGUGACAUGUCUCCUUCGUCAAACUGCCUUUGGUAUCAUCUACUCAGUCGCCAUUUCUUGUGUUUUGGCCAAGACCACCAUUGUGGUUCUGGCAUUUAUGGCCACCAAGCCAGGAUCCAAGAUCACUAAAUGGGUGGGAAGAAAAUUAGCCAUAUCUAUAGUAUUUUGCUGCUCCUUUAUUCAAAGUGAUAUUUGUAUUCUAUGGCUGAUAAUCUCUCCUCCAUUCCCAGACAUUGAUAAAAGCUCAAUUUUAGAUGAAAUAAUCUUAGAAUGUAAUGAAGGAUUGGUCUUCAUGUUUUAUAGUGUCUUGGGCUUUAUGGGCUUCCUUGCCAUUAUCAGCUUCAUAGUGGCUUUCCUAGCAAGAAAAUUGCCUGAUACUUUCAAUGAAGCCAAAUUUAUCACCUUCAGCAUGUUGGUAUUCUGCAGUGUCUGGUUGUCCUUUAUUCCCACCUAUCUGAGCACAAAAGGGAAAUAUAUGGUUGUUGUGGAGAUCUUCUCCAUUAUAGCCUCUAGUGGGGGGUUACUGCUUUGUAUAUUUUUUCCCAAAUGCUAUAUUAUUAUUCUGAGGCCUGAUCUGAACAACAAAGGACUUCUAAAAAAUAAGACAACAAAUUAA